GUUCAUAUUAUUUCUUAUUACGAAAAAUAAUGAUUUCUUAUACGAUACUAUUUUCAGCUAACUAUGAAUUAGCGAGAAGAAAGUUGAAAGAAGCCGAAGAGAUAUCUGAUUUAGAUUCUUGCACUGAACAGGAAGAAUAUUUAAAAAAAUCGAGAAAACAUAGAGCUGCUAAAGUGGUUGAUAAUUCAAGCAGUCAUGAUGAAGAUGAAGAGUUAGAAAUGUCAGAUUUCGUAUUGAACCUUCCAAAAGUUCCAUCUAAUUGUUCAAGAAAUGAAAUCGAAACUGAAACAUUGAAAAAAAAAUCGAUUCUAGAACGAAAAAAUGUCAAGUACGUAAAAAAUAGUAAGGGAAAAUAUGUACAAAAAACACAAAUAAAUCCUGUUCCAUCAUGCAGCCGUUAUUCUGAAACAAUGGACAAAGGUGAUUCCUAUGCACAACGCACCGAAAAUUUACAUUCAAACAUUGAAUGCCCAAAUGAUGUUACCCGUCUAAUUGAAAAUAUGACAAGACCAAACUCGAAUUCUAAUAAAGAAGAUGCACAAUGUACCGAAAAUAUAUAUUCAAAUACUGAUUUUUCGAAUGAUGUUCUUCAUUCAAGUGGGAAUGUGACAGAAUCGAACUUGAAUUCUAAACAAGGUCAAUAUGCAAGUACACAAUAUACCGAAAUUUUGCAUUUGAUCGAUGGAUGUCCGAUUGAUAUAUGUAAUGACAACAUUCAAACUCUUUAUCCAAGUGAAAACAAUAUGACAGGACCGAACUUGAAUUCUAAACAAUUAGAUGAUAAGUAUACAAAUGCACAAUCCGAAGAUUUGAUUGCUGAAAUACUGAUUAAUAAAGACAGUAAUGAGAGCAUAAUUUGUCAUUCUUCUAAUUCAAUAUUAGAAAACAAUCAAAAUCUAAAGUGGAAUCCUAGACAAGGAUCUCAGGAUAUAAAUCGAUUUAUUGUCCAAAAACUCAUUAAAAUAGAUGUAAAAACAAGUUGUAUUGAGAAGCACAUAAAACUCUUGGAACAGAAAAUAUCAAAUAAUAGGGCACAACCGGAACAGAAUAAGGAAGUUAUUGAUAUAUUUCAAGAUCUACCCUUAAAAAAUAAAAAUGAAUUAGAAUUAAUGGAAGUCAAAUUAAGAGAAAAUGCAUUUUAUCGGAAUGAAAUGAUUAAACAAUUGACACGUUUUACAUGUAAGGAUUUGAGAGCUUCAUGCUCGCAUAUAAUGAAACAAACAUUAUCAAAUGAGGUGGCAAUUCACUACAGCUGGUAUGGAGCUAAAAAAAAAGAACAUUUUUCAAAAUUGCACAUAUGCAAAGUAAUUAUGAGUGUCCUAAGAAAUUCACAUGCUGGUGUAACCGAUGAAGACAUUUCUACUCCGCUAAAAAUAUGGUUAGCCCACGCAAAGGAACGUGUGGAAAGAGAAAAACAAAAAAAAAAUGAAUGAUACAAUUACAAAUACUAUAAGACAAAAAAAGACCAAAAAUGUG